AUGGCGUUUUUUCCUUCUCUGACCAACUGCAGCACGUUGAAAGUUGUGAGCAUCAACAACAACAGAUUAGAAGGAUGGCUGCCGAUUACAGUAGGAAAUCUUUCAAAAUAUAUGGCUUAUUUUGGGCUCUCAGGAAAUCACAUAGUCGGACGGAUCCCUUCAGGUAUAGGGAACUUAGUUGACUUAACUUUCCUACACAUGGAUCGAAAUCAAUUCACUGGUGAAAUUCCAACUUCUUUUGGUAAUCUACGAAAGCUAGAGCAGUUUUCACUCUUUUCCAAUAGACUGUCAGGAAAAAUUCCAUCUUCUUUAGGAAAUCUGUCAAUGUUGAGUGUCCUUUAUUUAGAUGAUAACAAAUUACAAGACAACAUCCCUGCUAGUCUUGGAGGUUGUGAUAACUUGGUGUCGUUGGGCCUCUCUAGAAACAACCUCAAUGUCAGCAUACCAGAACAACUUUUCGGUACCACCUCUGUAUUAUUUUCACUGAAUCUAUCUCAUAACCAAUUUACUGGUUCCUUGCCUUCAACCAUUGGUAGUCUAAAAGGUCUGAGUGAACUGGAUGUCUCUUGUAACAUGCUGUCUGGUGAAAUUCCAACUAGCCUUGGAGGAUGCACCAGCCUCGAGGUCCUGCACAUGGAGGAUAAUUUCUUCCAAGGAUCUAUUCCUUCAUCAUUUAGUUCUUUGAGGGGAAUUCAAUUUCUUGACCUUUCUUGUAACAAUCUGUCAGGCCAACUUCCAAACUUUCUUGUGACAACCCCUUUCAUAAGUUUAAAUCUUUCCUAUAACAAUUUUGAGGGGGAGGUUCCGAGGAAAGGAGUUUUCACGAACGAGAGUGCAGUAUCAGUUGUUGGAAAUGACAAACUUUCUGGUGGAAUUUUGGAACUGCAUUUGCCUGAGUGUCCCAACAAAGAGCCAAAGAAGACAAAAAAUGUCUCAUCUGCAAUAUUUAUUGGCAAUCACAAUACCUUGCUCUUUAAAGCAACCGAUGAAUUUUCUACACCCAACUUGAUUGGAGUUGGUAGUUUUAGCUCUGUGUACAAAGGAAAGAUUGAUGAAUAUGGAACACUGGUUGCAAUCACAGUUCUUAACCUGCAACGCCGUGGAGCGUCUAAAAGUUUCAAAGAUGAAUGUGAAGCCUUGAGAAACAUUCGGCAUCGAAAUCUGCUGAAGAUCAUAACUUCUUGCUCAAGCAUUGAUUUUCAAGGGAAGAGACCUAUCGAUGACACAUUUGAGAAAGGCCCUAAUCUUCACAUGUUUGCCAAGAUGGCCCUGCCCGACCAUGUUUUGGAGAUUACAGACCCAGUGCUUCUAAGUGAGAGACACUUGGAAGUUGGAAAAUGCAGCAAGCACGAAGGAGUGCGUGCCUUCGGUGAAAAUUGGAGUGGCAUGUUCCAUGGAUUCACCUAG